AUGCCUCCGCCACCUCUUCCCCGGAGCGAUUCCUUCACGCGCGGUCGCUCCCGCGCCUCCCCCUCCGUCUCCCGCCACAAGAACCGCCUCUCGCUUACGCUCCCGGUCGCCCUGCCGCUGGGCGAUGGCCCGAGGCUGGCCGAUUCACCGGCCAUCAUGACGGCGUCCGCCAUUACCGCCUCGUCGGUCCCGCAGACGCCAUUGGAGACUCCUGCCAGCAUCGCAGCCUCGCCUUCGAAUACAAACGAAUUCAUCAUAGCAAUUGCGGCCCAGGAGCGGCGAGUCUUGGAAUUGAAGGAAGAGCUCGCACAGGCCGAGACGGAAUUGGCACGGCUGAAGAAGCAAUGGGCAUCCGAAGAGGUCUACCGCAAGCGGAGCGACAGCUACAGAAGCGACCCCUUCGGCAACUCACAGGCCGGCAUUGAUGACGAUGCAUUGGUGGCAUCACGACGCAGCGUCGAAUUGGAUCGUCGGAAGCACAUUCUCCAGGGCCAGGGCCAGACCACUCCGGCACAGGCCCGUCGCAAGGUUAUCCGUGGCGGACACGCCCGCACCCUCUCCCUGCUCUCUCCCGUCCGGACGGAGAGCGUCUUCUCCCUUAACGAAGCCACACAAGCAGAUCCGAUCACGCUCCCGUCCGUGGAACAAAGAGUGGCCCAACUCACCGACCCAACCCUGGCGAAGCGAUCCUCCUGGCAGCCGCGAUCACAGCAGAGCGUCGCAUCCGUUGUUGGCGUCCCCUCCAUCGUCGAAGACUUUAAGCUAGGAUUCCGCGCCUUCGUGGAGGACAUUCGCCAGAUUACCGUGGGAGACGAACCGGUGACGGGCCAGUCGCAGAGGACCAUGUCGACCGCCAUCGCCAAUGCUCGUGAGCAAGAUACGAGUAAGCCGAACCAUGCCACCACCCACGCUAGGACCAGCAGUAAUGAAGGUUCCAGUACGGCCGCGCCGACCACAUCCCAAGCUAACAGAACCCCCGAGCUGAAGCCAAAGACUGGGACUGGGAGAGGGAAAAAUUACUCCUGGACACCGCUUGGUUUCGACUCUGUUGACGACUCUGACUGGCUCAACUGGGAUUCGCCCGUCUCCACCAAGUCUGCCCGCUGGAGUGGUUCUACCGUUAAUAGCAGUGGCAUUGAUGACAUUCCCGAGAAGGAGGACGAGGAGGAUGCCAAACCGGCGAGGAAAGCCGAUGCAUCUAUUCUUUCUCCGGCGCUUGAGGAUCUACUUCCUAGCGUGGUUCAUCAUCUAUCCCCACGCAACCUCAAGAGGACGGCCACCAACCUGAUGGACGAGUGGGAAAAGUCGCUGGUGGCUCCCGAGGCCCGGAACAAGGAGACGACCGCCUAG